CUAAAUUAUUUAUUAAGUUCAAUUAUUGGUGACGUAAAACUAGCGUGUGCAAAUUUUAACAGUGUAACACCUCAUCCGGUGUCGACGAAAAAUUGUAAUUUAUAAUUUGGUCGUUUUUAUUCAAGUUCAAUAGUAAUUAGUAUUUUGUGAAAAAUUUCUAAAAUGUCUGUUGAUGUUUCGAAACACAAGGAUUCCAUGUUAGAUGCUUGGAAAGACGUCGUAAAUGACAAAACAACAACGGAUUGGGCAUUAUUUGGCUAUGAAAAACAAACCAACAACCUUAUGCUUGUUUCUAAAGGAGAUGAUGGAUUAGAAGAGCUUGUUGAUGAACUGAACAGUGGGAAAAUUAUGUAUGCAUUUUGUAGAGUAACAGAUCCCAACACUAGUUUGCCAAAGUUUGUUCUGAUUAACUGGCAAGGAGAAGGUGCCCCGAUGUCCAGAAAAGGCUGUUGUGCUAAUCAUAUACAUGACAUAACCAACUUCUUCAAGGGUGCCCACCUUACAAUUAAUGCUCGAACUGAAGAAGAUGUUGAUCCCCCUGUGAUUUUAGAAAGACUCUCAAAAUCGACAGCUUCUAAGUUCAACUUCAAGGAAAGAUCAGAUCCUGUUGAAAAUACAUCUCCAGUUGGUACCAAUUAUAAAAGAAUACAACCAGAGAGGGAGAUCAACCCUACAGAACGAGAGAAGUUCUGGUUGAAAGAGCAGGAAGAAGAACAGAAGAGAGUUGCAGAAGAUAAGCUAAAAGCAGAUUCAACAAAGGCCAGGCUUGAACAAGAGAGAAAAGAAAGAGAGCUUCGAGAAGCUCAGGCACGAGAACAGUUAGUGAAGGAACGUACUUCUUCUAUCAACAAAGUCAGAGAAGCAGAGAAAAAUGUAGAAAAUGCUUUAAAAACAUCAGAAGCGGAAAGACUUCAGUGGGAUAAACAACUCCAAGAAAAUGCAAGAGAAGAACAAGAUCGAAGGAACAGAAGUGAACAGAUGAGACGACAGCGUAGUAACGAAGCUCAAGCUCUGAUAUCUCAGAGAACAGUCAAUGCAAAAGCCAUAUUUGAAAAAAAUUCUUGUGCUGGACAGAUGAUUGGUAUGGCUACAGCAAAACCCCCAGUUAAACUUCCCCAAGAAAUGUACACAGCAGAAGAACCAGUAGCUGCCAGUGGGCCUGAACAUGUUCCUUUGACCAUUCCUGUUUAUCAAGAAACUGCUUCUGUACAACAAGAAGUUGAAGUUACAAAGGAUCAGGACAUCAAAGAUUUAUAUUCAGAAGAAGGUUUUUCUUACACUAGGAAUUUGCUCCGAGAUUCUCUUCCUCCAAGACAAGAUUCAGAAUUGACCAACCCAGAAGAAGAGCAGAACUGGGAUGAACCACCUCUGGAAGCUCCUCCUACUGUUCGAGAUCCUCUUACAGAAAUGAUGGUUGAACAUGGUAUCACAUCUUCUCCGAACUACACUCCAUCUCAGGUUAUCAAAGCUUCUAACCAGGGCCUUAGAGCACGAGCUCUAUAUGACUACCAAGCUGCUGAUGCGACAGAAAUUUCUUUUGAUCCUGAUGACAUCAUUACCCACAUUGAGCAAAUUGAUGAAGGCUGGUGGCAAGGCUUGGCUCCCAAUGGCUACUAUGGACUUUUCCCUGCUAAUUAUGUGGAACUUCUGGACUAAUGAUAAAAUUCUUUUCUUAAACAUAUAUAUGCCUGUUGCAUGAAACUCAUUUGGGGAGUUUUUGCAAAAAAAUCAUUUCUUAAUUUUGUCAACAAAAAGAAUUGUUGACUGCUUCCUAUUCCAUGUAAAGAAAAACCUAAUUUUUAGGACCUAGAGUUUGUUAAUGGAUCUUGAAAAGUCUGUACAAUAUUGUUUACUUAAGAAAAAUAUGUAGGUUAAGGUUGUUAUACUUAUUUUAAGAACUGACUCAGCAUAGUUUUGUAUGACAUUUGUUGCUCAGAGUGUUCUGUUUUAUGAAUGAGCUUAUGAUAUUUUGUAUUACAUGAUGCUGUCUGUGCCUAGUGCAUCACAAUGACUUUAGUAAAUGCAAAUGAGUAUUUUUGGUGCAAAAUAUGAAUGAGAUGUUUAUUAGCUUAAAAGUAAGACUUGAAACUUAUUAGUGAACAGAAUACCCAAACACGUUUCCAUUUCACAUUAAUAUCACAGAAUUUCAACACCGCUUGAACAGAAAAAUCACUUUAGGGGUAGCUAAGCAAGUAAUAACAACUUCUGGUCAGAGAAAGCUAUUUACUUUUAGCAAAACUAAACAUCAACCUGGUGAUCAAUACUAAUUAAAUAUUAUUUUCUUACAUUUCUACAGUUUAGAAUCCAUUGUUUCAUCAUUUAGAUACUACCCUUUGCUGUUAAUGACAUUUUCGAUCAUAAACCCAAUAAUAUCUCAUCAGGUUCAACUAGCUUAGGAGAUAUAGGUUAGUCCUAAAUACAAAUUCUAAAAGUAACAAUGCAAAACAGUCUUUAUAAUAAAAGUAUAAUAAUAAACAACAAAUGAAACUAAUAUUAUAUAUACUUAGUAGUUGAACCAGUAUUGUUAAAAGCAACAAUAAAUUAAGAAAAUAGCAUACCUUAAGAAGCUAAUUUUAAUUACCCAGACCGAGAACCUUCAAUACAUGAAUUCAUAGUAUUUAUCAUAUCAGUUAUCUGAUAUAUACACCAUUUGAAACUGAAUUCUUCAUUGUGUUCUCUGUCUUUAAACUAAAGUCCUUUCUAUUAGUUCAACUCACCAACUUUGUAGAACUUUUACAUUAACUUUAGUUUCAGGAAAACUGGUGUGCUAACACACAAAGGUAUGUUUUAUUUUACAAUUAAUGAUGAGAAUGAUCAGCACCUAACUGAGAUCCAAGUUAUGCAAUAAAUAUUUGCCUAUGUUGAAUUCCCAUGAAGUAACAUUACAUUUUCAGGUUACGAAACUCAGCUUUUACUAGACUAAACGUCUUUUUUUCCAGAAUAGACUAACCUGAACUUAGCUUUUCCAUACCAGGGUAAUCCAAACUUAUAUUUUCCUGGCUAGAGUAACCAAAAUUCAACCUUAUGAUGUAUCAGUACUCAGACUUAAUUAUGACUAGUAUAUUUCACAUUUUCUACUGAAGUACUUAGUACGAUCUUUGAAGCCUCUGUGUGUGUGUUUGGUCCUUUUUUGACUUGCUGCAUUGGUUUCUUUGCAUGUGAUCAGGAGUUAAGAAUUCUGAGCACACACACCUGUUUCAAGAUGCAACAAGUACAUUGUUAUUCAAAAUUGCAUACAAAUGCUUUAAUAACACUGGUAUAAAACCAAUGCAAAACUCUACCUUUAAGCUUAAAGCCUCAGAUCCAUCAUUACAGAAUGUUCCAUAAAUGUAGAUAAUCUUGGAAACUUGUUUUUUUUUUUCCUUCAGUGCAGUAACAGGUUUGUGUUUGAAUUGUUGGACUGUUUAUGUUAUUAUAAUCAAUGUUUUUUUUCUUUCAAAAAUUCCAAAAAAUGAAAGUUUAUAUUUAAAGUAAGAAGAAAAAAAAGAACAGGCUGUAAUACUUAUUUGAAUGUUUACAGUUUUAUUUGUCAUUAUUGCUUAAUCCUGUGUUAAAGAAAAUUGCUCGCAAUUCAAAACAUGUCAUUCUUGUUUGUCCUAAGUUGCUCGUUAAGGUAAAAUUUAAAUGAGAUCGGACACAUAUUUGAAUAAAUAUAAAUAGGUUUCUUUGUAUUUUUAGAAUUAUUAUUAAUAAAAACCCAUAUUUCAUAUUUUCUGUUGUUUUUUACAUUCUUUUCUCUCAAUGAUAAAAGAAAAUUCCAAAGUUUACAGUUUUUUUUGUAGAGAUAUUGAAAAAUGUAGAUUUCUAUUGAACCAAGUGAAAAAAUGGUCGAUUUUGGUGACAAUUUGUUUGAAUGAUUAACAGAAAUUAACUGGCAUUGUCCAUGUUGAUUUUUCAGCACUCUACACAGGAACAAUUAAAACACACAUAUUCAUCAAAAGAUAUUUCAGCCCAAACUGAAUUUUAAAACUAUUUAAUGUCAUAGACGAUUUUCCCCCACGUGUUACUACUUUAAGUUAUGGCCUGAAAUACCUGAAAAAUAAAAUUAUCUACAUGUGACAGUGUAAGGAACAUAGAAUUGAUAGAGCCACAACUUCAUGGAGAAUGAGGGUUCAGUAUCAGUCUUAACACUUAGAACUAGGGUAGUUUAGGUGCAGUAUAUUCAUUGUUUCUCUUCAGGAAACAUACGUUCCUGUGAAUUUACAACAAUCACCAAACUAAUGCACAGCCUUAAAGGGUUUUGAAUGAAAAUUGAGAAUUAUCAUGAUGAAUCAUCACCAUCUAACAUUAUUUUGUGAUUAGUCCGUAGGUUAAUCAGUGUUUUUAACUGAUGUAGUAUGCAAUGGAAAAGAUUUUAGAUGUUUGAUCAACAUCUUGUCUUUCAGUGAGGUUGGUUAUGUUUUUCAUUUCUUCAAGUAACCAAGAGAGAAAAGAAAAAAACAUGACAAUUUUAAGCAUGGAUUUUUUGUCUUCUAUAAAUAAUUCUUUGUUGUAAUGGCAUUACUAUUAUUCAUGCUCUUUGUAUAUGUCAGUGUAUUUAGUUUUGUAAUGAAAUGUAUUUUGAGCUGUAAGCCAUCAUUAUUAUUCAUGCUUUUGGUUUUUUAUGAAAUGCUUUGACCUAUAAGUCUUCUUUGCCAUUACCUUUACAUUUCUCCACAAAAUGUAUUGGUGUGGUUUUGUUUGCAUUCUUUUCAUGUGGAAAAAGGAACAUUUAGAACUAUACUGUCAAUUUUGUACUAUUUUUAAAUAAUUUACUUUUUUAUAUGUUUUUGUGGUUUUUGAUAGCUUGUUGAUCUAAAUAAUCAAUAAUUUGGGAUCAGGUCUGUAACUCCGGUUUCUAGUCAAAUAAAGACAAAUAAUAAACA